UUAUAUCUGACGCCAUAGCAACACAACGCCGAAGGACAUGCGCUUUCUUCAGUACCACAAGGACACCGACAUACAACCAUCAUCGUGUUUAAUGUCACACGGGUCUGUUUAAUUGCCUACAUGCAUUUGUGAGGCUUUCAACAAAACGAGAAAGUCACUGAGUGAUCACUGUAACACCACAGCAAGUGCAAGACGGAGGCUAUCUUAAAAUAUCAUCGUAUUGAAGAGGUAGAAACCAUUCAGCGUCAUUAGUACAAAUCUGAGCACGUCCAUGCCAACAUUCCUGUUCAAGUUUGGAAAUCCGAUCCAAGAGAGCAGGGAGACCAUGAGCAGCUGAUACACCGCAGCUAAAAAUAAUAUAACUGUCACUUACUUCAGUCAACGGGCAUGAAAACUUACUAAAGCAGGGACAUUACUCUGGCUGAUCAGUUGACAUGGCCCUGUCUUUCUGUGGGAACGACAGGGGUAGUGACGCCUACAGCGUGGACAAUGGAGUCCUGGAUAAUGGCUGCUUCGUGGACGCCCUCAACCUCGUCCCACACGUGUUUCUCCUCUUCAUCACGUUCCCUAUCCUUUUUAUCGGCUGGGGUAGCCAGAGUUCGAAAGUGCAGAUCCAUCAUAACACCUGGCUGCACUUUCCCGGUCACAACCUCCGCUGGAUCCUUACCUUCACAUUGUUGUUUGUGCAUGUGUGCGAGAUCGCCGAGGGAAUCGUCUCCAACACGCAUAUGGGGUCAAAUCACCUCCAUCUUUUCAUGCCAGCAUUGAUGGGGUUCAUAGCAGCAACUACAUCUGUUGUAUAUUAUCACAAUAUAGAAACAGCCAAUUUCCCCAAACUGCUAUUGGCUUUAUUCAUCUACUGGAUACUGGCUUUCAUCACCAAGAUGAUCAAGUUGUGGAAAUUUGCGGAGGCGAAUUUGGGGGUGCAGCAUCUUCGUUUCUGUAUCACAGCUCUGCUGGUGAUCCUGUAUGGCCUGCUCAUGGCGGUCGAGAUCAAUGUCAUCAGAGUCAGGAAGUACGUGUUCUUCACAAACCCCCAGAGGGUGAAGCCUCCUGAGGACUUGCAGGACCUCGGCGUACGAUUCCUCCAGCCAUUCGUUAACCUCCUGUCCAAGGCAACGUACUGGUGGAUGAACCCGCUGAUCAUUGGAGCCCAUAAGAGGCCGAUUGAGCUGAAGAAGAUUGGCAAGCUGCCUAUAGCAAUGAGGGCCCUGACCAACUAUAUGUCUCUGAAGGACGCCUAUGAAGAACAGAGGCAGAACACAGAGGACCCAGAGAAAUCUCCAUCCAUCUGGAGGUCUAUGUACCGGGCGUUCGGACGGCCCAUCCUCCUCAGCAGCACCUUCCGGUACAUGGCUGACCUGCUGGGUUUUGCCGGGCCACUGUGUAUCUCUGGAAUUGUGGAACAUCUAAAUAGAAAAACUACGGUUAAGACGACGAGCGAGACAGGAGACAUGACUUUAGGAGUUUACUUCAUGUCUUCCAUUGAGCUCCUGCAGAAUACUUCUGUUCUUGCCGUUCUGCUGUUCCUGGCGCUGGUGCUGCAGAGAACGUUCCUGCAGGCCUCCUACUACGUCACCAUAGAAACCGGCAUUAACCUGCGUGGGGCACUGCUUGCCAUGAUUUACAAUAAAAUUCUGCGUCUCUCAACCUCAAACAUGUCCAUGGGGGAGAUGACCCUAGGCCAGAUCAACAACCUAGUUGCCAUAGAGACCAAUCAGCUCAUGUGGUUUCUCUUCUUAUGUCCCAACCUGUGGGCCAUGCCAGUUCAGAUUAUUAUGGGAGUGAUCCUACUGUAUUAUUUGUUGGGUAAUAGUGCCCUGAUAGGGGCCGGGGUAAUUUUGCUCUUGGCCCCGGUUCAGUACCUCAUCGCCACCAAGUUGGCAGAAACACAGAAGAGUACGCUGGACUACUCGACAGACCGUCUUAAAAAGACAACAGAGAUUUUAAAGGGAAUAAAGCUACUAAAGCUCUACGCGUGGGAGAAAAUCUUCUGUAAUCGUGUGGAGGAGACCCGAGAAAAAGAGCUGACCAGUCUUAAGACUUUCGCCCUCUACACUUCAAUGUCCAUUUUUAUGAAUGCAGCCAUCCCAAUUGCUGCAGUAUUAGCGACCUUUGUCACACAUGCCUAUAUCGAGGAGGAAAGGCUCGGUCCAGCAAAGGCGUUUGCUUCUUUGGCUCUCUUCCAUAUCCUGGUCACUCCACUCUUUCUCCUGUCCACGGUGGUCAGGUUUGCCGUCAAGGCCCUGGUCAGCGUGCAGAAGCUUGGCGAGUUCCUCCAGAGCGAUGAGAUUGGAGAUGACAGCUGGCGAAAUGGUGAUCUAUCUAUGCCUGUAGACUCUGGAAAGAAAUACAAAUACCCGGGAGAUACGAAGGCAAUAAACAGGAAGGGACGCUAUCGUAUGGAUAACUAUGAGCAGCCCAUGCGCAGGCAGCUGCGGCCCUCAGAGACCGAGGACAUCGCCGUAGAGGUGAAUGAUGGGUUCUUCACAUGGGGAAGCUGUUUGUCGACGCUUUCGGAUAUCAACGUCAGGAUCCCUUCAGGUCAGCUGACCAUGAUCGUGGGUCAGGUGGGUUGUGGGAAAUCAUCUCUGUUGCUGGCCAUGCUAGGUGAAAUGCAGACCAUCAGCGGGAAAGUCUACUGGAGCAAACUGCCUGAUUAUGAGAUACACAUCGAAGGGAAUAUAAGCGGGCACGAUACAAGCCUCACUUAUGAAGAAUGGAGUAAAAACAGGUACUCUGUUGCCUAUGCAGGCCAGAAAUCCUGGCUGCUCAAUGCCACUGUAGAGGAAAACAUCACAUUUGGAAGUUCUUUUAACAAGCAGAGAUACAAAGCUGUGAUAGAUGCCUGCUCGCUUCAACCAGAUAUCGACCUGCUUCCUUUUGGAGACCAGACCGAAAUCGGAGAACGGGGCAUUAAUCUCAGCGGCGGUCAGAGACAACGCAUCUGUGUGGCCAGAGCGCUGUACCAGAACACCAACAUUGUUUUCCUGGAUGACCCAUUCUCUGCCCUGGAUAUUCACCUUAGUGAUCAUCUGAUGUUGGAAGGAAUUCUGAAGUUUCUGCAGGAUGACAAGAGGACCGUGGUUUUGGUCACGCACAAGCUACAGUAUCUCAUCCACGCUGACUGGAUAAUAGCCAUGAAGGACGGAUCUGUUCUGAGGGAGGGGACAUUAAAGGAUAUUCAGACUCACGAUGUGAAGCUCUAUGAGCAUUGGAAGACCCUGAUGAAUCGACAAGACCAGGAGCUUGAGAAGGAGACUGAACUGGAGAGUCAGACCACUCUCGAGAGGAAGACCUUGAGAAGAGCGUUUUAUUCAAGAGAGGCCAAAAACCAGAUUGACGAUGAAGAUGAAGAGGAGGAAAUGGAGGAAGAUGAUGACGACAACAUGUCCACCACCACCAGCCGACGUUCUAAGAUCCCUUGGAGGAUGUGCUGGCGUUACCUGUCCUCAGGUGGUUGCCUUAUGGUCUUCCUCAUGGUGUCUUCCAAGUUGGCCAAGCACUCUGUUAUGGUUGCCAUCGACUACUGGUUAGCGGACUGGACAUCCUCAAACCAGCGUAACAAAAGUCGGAUCGAUUCCUUUGCCAAUGGAACCAAUUACACCGAAAAUAACGAUCCCUUAGAGCAUUACUCUUAUGUGCCGGUGUUUAUAAUCCUGUGUGGGUCAGCGAUUGUCCUCUGCCUCGUCACGUCCUUAACUGUGGAGUUUUUGGGUGUGGCUGCUGCUACCAAGCUCCAUCAUAAUCUUCUCAACAAGAUCAUUCACGCUCCCAUCAGAUUUUUUGAUAUCACACCGCUGGGGCAAAUCCUGAAUCGUUUCUCAGCGGACACCAACAUCAUCGAUCAGCACAUUCCCCCAACGCUGGAGUCUCUCACCCGGUCCACACUCCUGUGUCUCUCUGCGAUUGGCGUCAUUGCUUUUGUGACCCCCACCUUUCUCAUUGCACUUGUGCCCCUUGCUGUGGCAUUUUACUUCAUUCAGAAGUAUUUCAGGGUUGCUUCCAAGGAUCUCCAGGAUCUGGAUGACUCCACUCAACUGCCUUUGCUCUGUCAUUUCUCUGAGACUGCAGAGGGUCUUACCACUAUUAGAGCAUUCAGACAUGAGGCUCGUUUCAAGCAGAGGAUGCUGGAGCUGACUGACACCAACAACACUGCAUACCUUUUUCUCUCUGCUGCCAACCGGUGGCUGGAGGUCAGAACUGAUUAUCUGGGUGCUAUGAUUGUCCUCACAGCCGCAGUUGCAGCUAUCUGGUCCUCAUCUCAGUCGGGUCUGGUUGGACUGGGUCUAACAUACGCCCUUACUGUGACAAAUUACCUGAACUGGGUGGUGAGGAAUCUGGCAGACCUCGAGGUCCAGAUGGCUGCAGUGAAGAAGGUCAACAGUUUUCUGAGCACAGAGUCUGAAAACUACGAGGGAUCUAUGGAUGUCUCACAGGUACCAGAAGACUGGCCGCAGCAUGGAGAGAUAAAGAUCCAAGACCUGUGUGUACGUUAUGACCCCAUGUUGAAGCCUGUCCUCAAAGAAGUCAACGCUUAUAUUAACCCUGGGCAGAAGGUGGGCAUCUGUGGUAGAACUGGCAGUGGAAAGUCUUCGCUAUCUCUGGCCUUCUUCAAUAUGGUGGAUGUUUUUGAAGGGAAAAUUGUUAUUGACGGCAUCGACAUUUGCAAGCUUCCACUGCAAACCCUGAGAUCUCGUCUGUCCAUCAUCCUGCAGGAUCCAGUGCUGUUUAGCGGCUCUAUCCGGUUAAAUCUCGACCCAGAGCGUACUUGCACUGACGACAGGCUUUGGGAAGCCUUGGAAAUCGCCCAGUUAAAGAAUAUGGUGAAAGCACUUCCUGGAGGACUGGACGCUGUUGUAACAGAAGGAGGCGAAAACUUCAGCGUGGGGCAGAGACAGCUGUUCUGCUUGGCAAGGGCUUUUGUCAGGAAGAGCAGCAUCUUAAUUAUGGAUGAGGCAACAGCAUCUAUAGACAUGGCCACGGAAAAUAUUCUUCAGAAGGUUGUGAUGACUGCGUUCGCGGAUCGGACGGUUGUCACCAUAGCCCAUCGUGUCCACACUAUCCUGACUGCUGAUCUGGUCAUCGUAAUGAAGAGAGGAGUCAUCCUGGAAAACGGGAGACCCGAGAUUCUCAUGGAACAGGAAGACAGCUUGUUUGCGUCCUUCGUCAAAGCCGACAUGUAGAGUCAAUCGUCUCUAUCGCCAUAAUUCGCUCAUCCAUUACCUUUGCACCAAGUUUGGCCUUAUAGAAACGCUGCAGCCAUUUUUGCCUCUGUGUUGGCACAAGCAUUCAAAAGGUCUGAACUCUUGCCAUUUUAUAUGAAACCCAAGUACAGUAUUAGACUUUUUUAUCCUUUUGUUACUCUUUUUCCACGUUUUUUUGAUGUGUAGUCAAGAACACGUAAGCAAUAAGUAUUUAUCUACUGUGUUUGACUAGUACAACACUGUACAGAGGAUGUCUGUCCUUCUGAUGAGGUCCGACACUCUCCAGAUCUGUCUGUCUGAUGUGCAUUGCUGAUACAUUUACAUGCCAGGGAGAGAACUGCAGGCCCUCACUUUUGGGGAGUGGCACAGAGUCCACCAAAUAUACCCUCUUUAUACGAAAGCGAUUGUAUUUUAUACUUUGCAUUAUAUUCCUCUUAUGCAACUACUUAAACUUUUUUUUUUUGCUUUGAUAUUUGUUUGCAUAACUUUUUUAAAUCACACGUGCAUGUGAUUUUGUCAUCUUGGCUGGUUUUGUUUUUAUUUAAAGCAUUUGCGCCUUAUUCAAAAUCUCAAGAAAGCUUAAGCAAUGUCCAUUUACCCCCAAAAUAUAAAUAAAUAAUUUGUUACUGGGACCUAAUAUGUAACACCUUUGAGGUACUAAUAUGCAUCAUUUUGGUACAACGAUGUACUUUUUGAAGGGGUCCCACCCCAGUGACAUCUUUAAUUUCUAUUAUAUUAUUACUAUUGGAUGAGUUUAUAUUUCAAAUCCUACAUUUUAAGUAAAUAACACGAUAAAGAUGAUCUUCUUGACUCACAUGCUAUGAAGUUGUCAUAACAAUUUUGCGGUCUCCCAACAGCCAAGCGAUGUAUUGUACACAUAACUGUCCCUGUUGCUCUUAUCUUCCUUUAAUGGUGUGCCAGACUAUCCUAAACCAUCUUCCCUCGGACCUUUAAACCUUCAGCUUUCUUUAUUCUCAAACAGGCCCAGCCAAAGAAUGUUGUAAACGAGUCUUUGUACGGACAUGAGAGCCACGCUGUGAUGUGACGAUACUAACACAGACAGAGAUUUUGUGAAUAUGUGCGGUGUGAUGUCACACUCGAGUGUUAAUAUUCCAGUUACCUGUAAAUAUAACCAUGUGCGUAAAACUUCAGCCGACACGCUUCACACGCUCGCGUUAUAGGACAGAAUGUAACAGCUGCAAGCCAACACAGAAAUGGAAAUUUGAGAUGGAUUAAGACUUGUACUUAAAAAUAAAAAUGAAUUAAAGAGCUUGUAACAACACAAGACAGGUCCACAAAGAAAUGCAUUUUUUUUUGUGAAUAUCAUGACACUGUUUAUAUAAUAAUGUCUCUCAGGUACUUCCUGUCACUCUGUUCGAUGUGAAAAAGCAGGCUUAUUUAAAUCUGUGUUGUACAGCAAUACUUUUGCUUUGAUAUUCCAAGAAAUAAGCGAAUUUUUAAAAAUGUAAUAUAUUAAAAUACUUUGAGACCUGAUUUAGACUUGGCCUUGGAAGACUUGUGAAAA